AAGUCUCUAUUUCAACACUGAGGCCAUCAAACGAAUCCACUUUGUCAACAGAGACACCAUCUCCCACUAAGCACACAUCUGAGGCGUAUAUUGCAUUGGGUGUAAUCACGCCCAUUUUUCUCUUCAUAAUUAUUAGUUCUGUCUGCUUUUGUGUAUGGAAAAUGUACCAAAGAAAGUUAGAAAAUACUAAGCCGACACCAGAUCCCAAGUUUGUCCAUGGCGAAAUAAGAAAUCGGCGACUCACUGUCCAAUUUGAGGGAGCACUACAAGCGGAAAUUAAAGAAACACGAAAAAAUAUAUCGCAUCAAACUGGAAAUAGCUUUCGUUCCUCAACUAUACCAUCUGAUAUGAGUGACGACUCCAGUACUAGACCGUCUAGUUUGACAUCUUUAUUAGUAAGUGUUCCACGCAUUGUCACUAAAGAGGACUGUGCUGAAAAUCAGAGUUUUAAAUUUCAAGAAAGUGUAAUAGAAUUAACAGAAAAUGAGUCAACAUCUUCACAAAUAAAAGAGUCGUUUAGAAAUCCUGGAUUUAAUACAAUAGGUGUUGACACGGCAGAUUUAAGAAGAACAAUGAAGAAAAAAACAGAAUCGAAGAAAACACUUCGGAAAAAAUUCCGAUUAAGGCGUUCCAGGAGCUCUGUUAGGGAUAGUUUGUUGACAUCUAAGGGAUUAAAAGACGAAUCACGAAUCUCAAACAGAAAGCCUUUGAAAUCUAUAGUAUCAUAUGGAACGAAGACCGUAGUUCUUGGAAUACAACCACCUCCAAGUCAACAAAAGAAAUUGCUUAGACGUUCACAUAAAAAAUCUUCGUUUUUGGACAAAAUCAACGAGGAACCUUCAAGUACACGUGAGAAAAAUAAAAAGCACAAGGAUUUAGAAAAAAACAUUACAGCAGAAAAG